AGGCUAGUUUAAUCUGAAUAUUUCCUUAAAUAAAAUUCUGAAGAAAGUGGCAUUUCUCUUUGUGGCUCCCAACUUAGUUUUUGUUUAAAAAAACUAUAGAGAGGUCACACUGGGAAGCGUAAGUUUCUCCUAAGUCUGUGCUGUGCGGUCCACCUUUCUCCACCUUCCGGUGUGGGCAUCUCUACGAACCUUAAAUCCCAGCAGCCGGCCCCCCACCCUACGUAAAUCCAGACGUUGCCGUUACAGAUGACCUCUAAAGACUCCUAUUGUCUGAGGAAGAAGCCCUGAAGAGGAGGAAGGGAAAAGAAAAGGAGUCAGAAAUGGCUCUUUCUCAGGGACAACUGACAUUUGAGGAUUUGGCCAUAGAAUUCACUCAGGAGGAGUGGGAAUGCCUGGACCCUGCUCAGAGGGCCUUGUACAGGGACGUGAUGUCGGAGACCUACAGGAACCUGCUCUCCCUUGAUAUCUCUCAUAUACAUGUGAUUAAGAAAUUGCAACUAAAAGCAAACACUGAUAGGGGAGAAGUAUUCCAAACACUGAUGUUCCAAAGACAUAACUGGAAUGAAAUGAAACAUUUUUACCUCAGAGUCAUCCGGGAAAAUAUACGAGAAUUUGAUUCUCAGCAGAGUGAUGAGGAAGGAAAUUGCAAAGGAAUGCCAGUAAACCAAAAUGAUAAUCUCGCUGAUGAGAGAAAUCGAAAUGGAAGAAGUGUUGCAGGAAUCAAGCCUGUUGAAAAUAGGUUUCCAUUAAGCUUUCUGGAUGAACUGCAUAUAUUUAAAAGUGAAGAGAAAAUUGAUGAAAUUAAUCAAGCUGACAAGAGUGUGAAGGGUAGUGCCUCAUUUUCACCACUUCAGGGAAUUUCCCCUUGUGUCCAAGUGAACAUUUGUAAUAUACAUGGGAGUAAUUAUAUGCAGUCUUUAAUAGUGACACGAGAUCAGAAAGCACAGAGGGAAAGAACUUAAAAAUGUAAUGAGUGUGGCAAAAUCUUUCUGCACGUAUCGUACCUCAAUAGACCUCAGAUUCUCCAUACAGGAGAGAAAUUACAUAAGUGUGACGUAUUGGAAGAAUCUUUAGCAAGAAUUCAUACCGUGUAAUUCAUCAGAGAAUUCAUACUGGA